CAUUAAUUUUCAUUAUUAUCGUUGUAUUGUUGUCGUUGUGCUUCUGUAUAAACCGCACUUGCGAUUGUACGCGAGAAUAAUAGUCCGCGUUAGAUUAUAGAGUGUUUCGCAAACUACAUUGUGCUGAUUGUACCCUAUUAGGGGACUAUUAUCGAUGCGGUGGUCCGCGUUUUUCUCGCUACAUAACGCUCGAAGAUAUAACUAUAUAAAUGAACGGAUGUCUGAUUGCGCCCCACUCUUCUCUGCCAUGUUGCCGCCUCACGUUUAUAGUACCGGAUGUGACUGUCUGAAUUUCGUAUUACAUCGGUACCAAACGUAACUGCCAUAUUAAGACUCGAGAUCAAGCCGUUUAAUUUAGUGCCGAGUGUAUGUGUAUGAGACGCGCGCGAUAAUAUUCGCAGGAAAUUCGUGAAUGGCGUACGAAUAAUCGCGACUUCGAACUAGGAUUGAAUCGCCGUGACAGUCGUGAAUGAGCCCGUCACGUGCUCCUUACGCUCGGUUGCAUUUACACGAAAAAACAAUUAGGAAAACAACCGAGCGACGUAUGGCUCUUAUACGUGAAGGUGUACGAGAAGGGAAGUGCGCGGAAAAGCGACAAGACACACGUGACACGAAUACUCCAUAUCAACAUGAAAUAUUUAUAAGAAGAAAAAGAAGAUGAACGCCAUGAGAUAAAGAGGAAGAAGACUUCCCGGAGGCGGAAGGAAGAGUGCGAAGACUGAAGAGCGGGUCCGACCGGAGAUUCCACCACCACCUCCGUCGUGUGCCCUACUGUCAACGAGGAGCACCUCAGUUAUACGCCACGGGGUUGAGAAGGCGGACGCGUUUACUCCAUGCUCCGGCUUCGGCGUCCCGAUGUGCGUCGCUCCGUGGAGGAAGGAAUCCCUCCCCCCUUUGUUUCGCGCACUCGUCGUUUCACACCCACUUCCCCGGGUCAAUUAAUCGAAGAAACAAAUAUUUACCGGUGCGACGUCGUGGGCCGGUCGAUCCACCGUCGAUCGCUCCUUUCUAUCGUCGAAGUGGCCUGGACGUCUCCACGCGACUUUUCCCGCCCUUUUGAUGACGCACGACACGCGAAGAAUGACGCGCGACGACGCGUGUAACGAGAGAUGGAAUCGGCAAUAUAUUAAUUAACUAUGUCGACUGAAAUUAAACGAAUGAAUAUUUCUUUCUCUCGAUAUAUUAAAUAGCGAUCGAUAGUGAACGUCGAGUUUCUUCAUUCGUUCGCGUUUCGGGCCAUCAAGAACUGAUGAAUCGGUAAAGGAUAAUGGCAAGGAUAUCGGCAAGGAUAGGGCGAAUGUGAAGCACAAACGCAAAGCGCGAGACGAAGUUGUAAUCUUCUUCGCCUUGUUACGUGGCGACGGGAAACUCGCGUGACACGCAGACUUUAUUAGAUGAUAUCGCACGGAAAUUGUCUUACGCGUAAUUCGGACUCCGCAUGAGUGAUGGACGGGAAACGCGGCGGCCGUUAACGUAUCACGCGACGAGUGAGCGACCGGCCGAUCGAUCGUUCCUUCGUCCUUUCGGACAAACGGAAGCGGAGUCGUAUGUGCGCAAACCGGAAAAUCGAUUCGGGAAGAAUAAUCGUAAAAAAAAGAAGAUUAAAAAGCAUCGGAAAGAUGGACUGAUACGGAAAGAUGAAGUGCGAACCAGAACGAAUUAAAACGUGAUUUAUCUCUCUUUUAGAACACGUGACGAGUCAACACGCCCGGCCAUGAUCGAUUAAUAAUCUCUAUAAGAUUUAAGAGAUAUCAGAUUUCCUUGAAGAAGCAAUGACCGUCGUUUGUAUCGCGACGUCACGAUUGUUCCGAUCGAUUUCGUGUCAUAAUAUAAUACCAUGCUUGAUCUUGAAGGAAUGACGAGGAUCAUUCGUCGUACAAUCAUCUCGCAUCCCCGACGGCGCCAAUAAGACCGUUGGUAUCUUCGAUGAUCAUAUUGGUAUCGCGAUGGGAUUUCCAUCGAACGCGACCGAUCUACCGUUUGAUUACUUGGACCACACCAGGCCGACGAACGCGUCGUCCAUGGGCGCGGAACUGAACUUGCCAUACACCGUCUGUGAGAUCCUGGUCGCGAUUUGCGCCGUCUUCGGCAACGGCCUAGUAAUCAUCGUCUUCGGUAAGGAGCGGAAGCUACGAAGACGCACCAACUACUACAUCGUUUCGCUGGCUACAGCUGAUCUGCUGGUUGGACUGUUCGCGAUCCCAUUCGCGAUUCUCGCGAGCAUCGGCCUGCCGAAGAAUCUUCACGCUUGUCUCUUCACCGUGUCAGUCCUUGUGGUUCUUUGCACCAUCAGCAUCUUCUGCCUGGUGGCGGUGUCCGUCGAUCGUUACUGGGCGAUACUGUAUCCCAUGGGAUACUCGCGCACUGUACGCACUAAAACUGCCAUAGGUGAGGCACCACCCUUCGUACCAAUCAACGUCAUCAUCGUCUUCGUCGUUGACGUUGCUUUGAAUUCCGGCGAGAUGGACGAUCACAGAUGCAUCUUCACGAACGUCAUGGACUAUGACUACCUUGUGUUCCUGUACUUCGCCACGAUCAUCUUUCCCGCACUGCUGAUCGCGGCUUUCUACGCUCACAUAUAUCGAGUAAUCGUGAAACAGCUACAGCAAAUCGUCACGAUGGAUCCCAGUUCGGGGGGUGGAGGUACCGUUCGCCGUCUCGGCGUCCUUCGUCUCGGCGGCCGUUUGAGCGGUAAUCAUCAUCAGACGACGGGAACAAUGCUACGUUGUCUAGGCGCUGCGCGUAAACGGGAAGUCAAGGCCACGCAGAAUCUUUCCCGCAUCGUCGUCUUCUUCAUUGUUUGCUGGUUUCCACUGUACACGAUAAACUGCGUGAUGGCCUUCUGCCCGCGCUGCGAGGUGGACGACUUCUUCAUGAAGUUCUGCAUCAUCCUUUCGCACAUCAAUUCGGUCGGCAAUCCGCUCCUUUACGCCUACCACCUCAAGGACUUUCGCAUCGCCCUUAAGAACUUCGUCUGGAGGCUGCUUUUCCCGCAUAGCGAUGUCAAGUCCAGCGUAAUCAGUGUGAUCCACGAUCGGGGUUCCCUCGUCGGUUCGCAGAGGCAACUUCAAAGGCGAUUCAGCGGCUUUGAUCAACCGAGGAGUCAGAGGCCGAGCUUGUUACGCCAGGUUAUUGAUAACAACAGAAGACUGGACAGUACAUACUCCGAAAGGCGUGUCUCGUUAAUCCAACAGAAAGAAACGCACCAAAACAUUACGGACAUCAGCAUUACAGUCGGAAGUGCGAUUCUAAUGAGCAACUCUGCGCCGAUGAACAAACGGAUGAUUGAGAAGGAAUUAGCCAGCGACGGCGACAUCGUUGACCGCGCCGACGAUGCGACCGAUCAUGGAAUUUCCUCCUCGAUGGAACUGCAAACAUACAAGUCACUGGCACCUCUUCUGCCUGCAGAGGAAGACCGCAUCGAGGAAACGCCGCCUGCUUCGAUCUUCGUUAUCGAAGCCGACGUAGUGAAUCAUGCCUCUCCUGAUCAUCUCCUGGUUGUGGAAGAAUCUCGGGACAGAAUCGACGUAGCGGGUGGUUAGUAGAGUAAUUGCGAAAAAAAAAAGAACUGGAACAUUCUUUAAACGGAACUAAGACAUUUGAACUUUUUUUCUCUCCAAAAUUCCUCGAUGUGCCGAUUUAUUUUAUUAAUUAAUUACUUAUCGAGUGUGCCAUAUAGUUGAUAUCACACGUGUUUUAGUGUAAACUUCAAUGAAUUGAACAUUAAAAUGGAGCGAUAAUAAUACUCUAUUUGAAGCUUCGAACAAAAAGACAAGUGACAACGGAGCGUGAUACGUCAGCGACUUCCAUUUUUUAUUAUAUAUUGUAAAUAAAACCUAAGUAGGAUAAAACCUAAGUAGAUAAGAGAAAAUUCCAAGACAUUUAAGGAAAAAGGAACGUGUUUUCGAAUAGUUGGCGAGGAUAAAAUGCCGUGUGUGGGAUUCAUGCAGGAUUGCCAAGAGUGAUAAAUAUACGCAGAGGGGAAAAUAUACUUAAUGUUGUACAAUAGAACAGUGCAUAUUGUGAUUAUGUAUCCACGUAUUCCCGUAGAACGUUUGCACGAUGCUUGUGCAAUAUUCUGCAUAUUGUAAUUGGCAUAACUAGACGAUCAACAUGCGCCAUUCCUCCCAUUUACUCUUAUGCGUGAUAUUUACUAAAUUAUAUGCCCAUACAUGUAUAUCAAUAUAAUUUUCUAAAGUCGUUAAAAUGAUAUUUUAAUCGACAAGAGUAUCGAUCGCGAUACUAUUAAAUAAUUAUCAGCCGUGCCCGUUAUUAAAAGUUAAUAAAGUUUGGUGAACUGCUCUCUAAAGAUAAUAAUUUAUAGAUAACGAGACUUUAAUCAUUAGCCAAUUUUAAUUGAACUUUGGUUUAACAAAACACCGGUCUGAGGCAAACUUUAACAGAAAAUAUUUUAGUAAAAACAUUUUUAACCAAAAAUUUUUAUCAAAUAUAUCUUACCAA